AGAUCGAAUUAGUUGUAACCGUUGUAACCGUUUUAACGGUUUUAACGGUGAAGUUUGUGGGGGGCGUAACGGCCGAAGGAAAGAAAGCAAGGAGCUGAAAGUUAUGUUAUUGUAGAAUGAAGUGCUAGUAGGAAGUUGGUGCACAGAAUAGGAAUGGAUGAAGUUUUAUUUCAUGUAACUCAAAGUUUAGAAGCAUUACAGGUUCACCUACAUUCAGGGGCACAGUAUGGCCACCAUUUGCUCCAUAACUAUUCCGAGCAAGUGCAUACAUAUGCAGUGGAGAUAUGGUCUGGACCCAGAUGUGCACAAAUUCAAGAGAACAUCCAACAUGCAUGGCAAUGGCUGCUGAAAUGCAGUCAAGAGUUGAGGAGAAUUUCACUUGAUGUAUUGAAUCUGCAGCAAUUGUAUGGUCAGCUUAUGCGAUUCUUGGGGGCUGAAAUGUCUCGGACAAGCAUGUAUUUUGGAUUACUUGGAUUUGUUUUGGGAGGAGUUGUGGGGGUUGCUGUUGGCUUGUCGUGGCAGAAGAAACAACCACAUGUCCCACAGAUGAAAGCAGUAGUCUGUAACAGUUACAGAGGAUCUGAUGCUUUGAUAGUAAUUGAAGAUGUCCCUGUUCCAGUUAUCACAGUGCUAGAUGAAGUUCUUGUACAGGUGAAAGCUGCAUCAGUUGAUUUGGUAGACUUAAAAAUAUGCUCUGGUUAUGGUAGAGUACUUAGAAAACAGCUGAGUCGAUACAAUAAUAAUGUGGUAGGUGAAUUCCCAGUUGUGCUAGGGAGAGACUGUGCUGGAAUCAUUGUUGACAUUGGUCAAAAAGUGAAUAAAUUUGAAAUAGGAGAUGAAGUUUGGUUUGCUGUUCCAUAUUGGAUGCCAGGGACAAUGGCCGAAUAUGUGGUUGUCAAAGAAAGGCAUAUAGCAAGGAAACCAAAAGGAAUAGGUUUUGAAAUUGCUACUAGCAUUCCUUAUGCUGGAACAGUUGCAUGGGAUGCUUUGGUUAAUCAAGCACAUCUUGAUUCCGUGAAGACGUGUGAUAAAAGGAUCCUGGUUCACAUGGGUUGCAGUCCUGUUGGUUGUAUACUCAUCCAGUUGGCUCGGUUAUGGGGAGCUCAUGUCACUGCUGUCACAACCUUAAGAGGAACUCCUGUCAUCCAGGCACUAGGUGCCCAUGAUGUAGUUGUAUGUGAGAAAGCAGAUAUUCAGAAUCAACUGGCUUCACGAGAGGGGUUUGACGUUAUUUUCAACACAGAAGGAUCUGUUGCAUAUCAGCCUUGCCUCAAGUUCUGUAAACCUGGAGGAUUUGUUGUAUCAACAGAAACAUCAGAACUUGCAUCUGACUCUUAUGGGUUCCUCUUUAGAUCAAUCUAUGCCUUUUGGAUUCGAAUCAGGUGUCUAAUACAGGAUCCCUUUCUUUGGGAGGCAGAAAAAAUGGGCCCAGCUGUACUAGAUCAGUUGGCUCAACUUUUAGAGGAUGGAAGCUUGCAACCUGUUGUGGAUAAAAUGUUUGCACCACAGGAUGCCGAACUUGCUUUUCAGCAUGCAGAUUCAUCUGAAGCCAUUGGCAAAACUAUUAUCAGAUUCAGAUUCAAGAAUGGCUGUAGAUGUGGAGCAUAUGACACUUAGUAAAUAAAGAAGAACUGGAAUGUUGAGCAAAUGCUUAAGCUGUCACUGGAGAUUUUCAGACAUACAUAUAUAAAUGUUUCAUAUAAAUGUUGCCAAGAAACAUUACCUAACACUGACAGCUGUUUGUGGAAGAUUGCAGUUCUGUUGUACCAGGGUGCAGUUUAAGUUUGAUUCUUUUGUCAUUCUUCUACACUAUAUUAGUUACAACUGAUUCAGUUUCCUAUGUGGCUUAGAGGAUACAAUAAUUAUGAACUUUAUGGUCUUCCAAAACAGCAUGUUAAACAUUUUUCUGAUGACCAGUACAACAGAGUCCAUUACAAGAUACUUUAAAAUUCAGUCAUAUACCAUGAAGAAAUCUGUUGCCUUUAGCAAAUUUAUGCAAAAGCAUAUUAUGUGGGACGAGGUCAAAAGCAUUUGAAAGAUCAAAAUAGACCUCAACAAUAUGAAGCUGACCGUGGACAACAGGAGUCAAAAGUCGAGAAACGUUACCAAAUUGGUAAGUGUAGAUUUAGUUCUGGUGAAGUCCUGUUGAUUGGGACUACAUUUAGUAUAAUGAGAGGCAUGAUCGUGAAUAAUGAAUUCAAACAAUUUAGAGAAAUUCCUGAGAAUAGAAAUGGGUCUGUAGUUGCUCACAGCGGCAUGAUUACCUCUUUUAAAUACUGGUACAACAGCAGAUUACUUCCAUGCAGCAGGAAAAUACUGCUGUGUCAGGCACAAGUUAAAUAAAAAUGCUUGAACAACCUUUUAUGAUAAAACCAGGGAUAUCGUCAAGUCCAGCAGAUUUGGAAAGUUUUAGUCUCUUGAUAGCUAUGCAGACAUCCGUAGCGGAAAUGUGGGCAAGGGAUAACAAUUCAGAAGAUUGUGAGAGAUGGGGAAAGUCCUUAGAGCUCUGGUUAUUAUAAACAGAUUGAAAGUGCUUAGCAAAAGCAUCAGCAGCUGCUUUGGGCUGGACUAGGUGUGUAUCAUCAACUUCUAGCUGAAUGGAACCGAAUCUGUGUUUUCUGAAACUAUACAUGUAUUUAGAGAAAUUCUGGGUCUGUGACUUCAAAUUUUUAUCAGUUCACUUCAACCACCUAAGUCUGCAGACUCAUAUUUUAAUGAGAUUUAUUCUUAGGAUAUCAAAAUGAAAUUACCUUUUGCAGUAGUGUUUCUGAUCCUUAAAAGCAAAUGACGAAUGGAGACGAAAUUGAUGGGUAUGUACUGAUAGUCAGGUAAUGCUGAAGUAUUGAGAUGUAGUAGUUUCAUCUUCACUAAUGUUACAGCCCACCAUGAACCUCAAUUUUCUCAAAAAGUUUUAAUCCACAUUCUGUAUCCGUUAUAAUAUUAGUUUCCUGAUCCCCCUCCUAUCUUAUGAUAUCACGUGAAUACUUGUUUUGCUAGCAAAUGUCUUCAAUUUUUAUAAUAUGACCGUCCAAUUUAAGCCUAUGAAUUUUAAUAAUUUUAGAGAUUCCAGGUUUGUCAUAGAGGUUGUACAAUUCAUAAUUGUACCUACUUGGCCCCUUUCAGCUGUGAACAGACCCAUAAAUAAUACUCAGAAUUCUCAUAUAAAAUAUAUAAAGGCUUUUCCGUCUGACUUACUCAAGGUCCAUGCUUGAGACAGAGAUUAACAUCAGUCUUACGUAAUGUGGUAUUUAAUCUUCAUAAGAAUGGGCUGAUCACAUGAAUUGAAAUUAUAGCCUUUGAAUAUGUGCAUAGCUGUUUUUGAUGUGCAUCUCAACACAGCUAGGAGCCAGGAUAGUGCAGUCAGUAUUGCAAUUGGCUAUGGGCUGGACGGCCAAGGGGUCGGAGUUCUAGUCCUGGUAGGGUAAGAUUAUUCUCCUUGCCACAUCAUCCAGACUGGCUCUAGGGCUCACCAGUCAUAAUGCUUGUUACCUCUGGCCAUAUAGGAAGUUGAUAAAAACUUUCAAUAUUUACCAUUUCUCACCAAACUUCAUAGCUCUUGCCUGAAGAAUUUGGAAGAUUUCUGAGGUAGAUAUGGAGACAUGUAUUGUUUUAAUGGUACAAAGAACUAGGUGCUAAUGUUAGUAAUUUAUCAUUGUAAAUAACAUUUUUUGUUAUACAGCAAUAAUUAUAAUCAACAGUAUGAAAGAAUGUAAGAGAUAAUGCCUUAACAGGUGCAUAGUCGCUCUAAUAUUUCCUACUUUAUAGAAAAUGUGUAUUCUGUGUCAGCUUGAUAUAUAAACAAAUCUUGCAAAAAGAGAAAUAAGUAUUGUUCGUUUGCCAGUGUUGCUUGUGAAAAGUUGCAAAAGAUAUAUAAUGGGACAGUCUACACAAUUCUGAAAGAGACAAAAUAGACACUACUGUCUCACCAUUUGUCUUUAUUGGCUGUUGGUGGUAAAUACCUUAAUCGCCAUUUUAAUUCUAAUUUUUAUCCCUUUAAUGUCAAGUUUUAAACUAUACCUGAACCAUAUUUAAAUUAAUGUAUAUCUGUUAGCAUAAAAAUUCACAAAAACACAAUAUGAAUUCAUAUUGAUCAGUGAUGCAAUUCAUGAACUAGUACCAGUAUUCUUGUACACCUGAAGAUGACCCAAGAAAAGGGUCGAAACAUGUAGCAUUACCACCAACAGCUAAUAAAAACAAAUGUUGACACAAUGGUGGCUAUUUUGUCUCUUUCAGAAUUAUUGUUGUAUAGACUAUCCCAGUAUAUAUCUUUCACAUGACACACAACAGGAUGCAUACCAUAAAGGUUGUGAUAAGUUGCUUUUACUUAUGCAAAAAGAUGAAACAGGAUAAUUGAAUGAGUGAAGAUACUGGCUCCAGGCUUCUCAGUAGGAAGUAGGGAAUUUUUUUUUUUUGGCCAUGAAGUCUGGACCAACUCUGAGCCCUGACCAGCCUAUCCAGUAGCUCUCUCCUGAAGAGUAAAUCAACCAGAGUGAGAAACUGACUACUCACUUCCAGCUGGUUCAAGAUCUAGAAUGGCUUGUGGGAACAUCCCACAUUAUCACGCAUUUCUGCAAUGCUCGCUCUUCACAUCACUUUUCACCAUCACGCGCGCUAACCAAUCAGAUUGCUUCAAACGUUCAUAUUUAUACGGCGCCUCCUGCUAGCCAGCAUCUAUGUCAUUACGCGCGCUAGCCAAUCAAUUCUUCCUCCUCAA